AUGAGCAUCACCGACAUCCUGAGCCCUUCCGAUAUUGCUGCUGCCCUUCGAGACUGCCAAGGUAAGGAUAGUUUCAACCACAAAAAAUUCUUUCAGAUCAGUGGAAUGUCCAAAAAGAGUGGCAGCCAAGUAAAGGAAAUUUUCCGGAUCCUAGAUAAUGAUCAAAGCGGCUUCAUUGAGGAAGAUGAACUUAAAUUUUUCCUUCAGAGGUUUGAGUCCGGAGCCAGAGUGUUAACAGCAGCAGAAACCAAAACAUUUCUGGCAGCAGCAGACCAUGAUGGAGAUGGAAAAAUUGGGGCUGAAGAAUUCCAGGAAAUGGUGCACUCCUAA